ACUAGUAUCUGUCAUUUUUCUGUUGUCCAGCAUCAACAACACCCCAAGACAUGAAUUACACAAACCCCACUCCAAAUGUCCUUCUUUGUCUUCCCCUUUAAUAUUUAUUUAUGCCUUUUUACCAAUCUUCAUUUAAUCUCAAAAUUAACACUAUUCACAUAAAUUCCAGAAGUUUUUGGUAGGGUUUGUUAUUCCCAGAAUUUCAUAUCUUACUGUACUUGGAUUCCCUCAUUGAUUACAUUAGAACUAGCACCGAAUCGCACAGUUUUCCAAAUUCUGCUCAACAAAAAAAAUGUUGACAAGUUUGAAGAAAAAUCACGGAGAUUGGUUUUCUGGUAGUUUGAAUAGAGAAUUGGGUUUAACUCAGCCUAGAAGCUUCACUCGUCGCCUUUCGGCGUCUCAGGGGCUUGUUCAAAAACUUGACUUGUAUGCGAAGUUGGUUGGUCAUGAGGGUUGCGUCAAUACUGUGGAAUUCAAUUCAACUGGCAAGACUUUGGUUUCAGGUUCUGAUGAUAAACAAGUUAUCUUCUGGGAUUGGGCAUCUAAAAGUAAAACAUUUGCAUAUCCAUCUGGUCACUUAGAGAAUAUUUUUCAGACCAAGAUAAUGCCGUUUAGUGAUGAUCGGAUAAUAGUCACAUCUGCAGCAGAUGGACAGGUGAGAGUUGGUCAAGUCUUACAGGAUGGAAGUGUUGAUACAAAAAGGUUAGGGAAGCAUCGAGGAGCUGUCUUCAAACUUUCUGUGGAACCUGGAAGUCCUUACAUCCUUUACAGCUGUGGUGAGGAUGGCUUUGUUCAACAUUUUGAUCUGAGAAGCAAUUCUUCCACAAAGCUCUUCUCUUGUUGCUCCUUUAUAGUAGGUGACAGGUCUGAUUUUUCAAGUAGAGUCCGAUUGAACGGAAUUGUGAGUGAUCCGAGAAAUCCUAAUUAUCUUGCUGUCGGAGGCUCUGAUGAAUAUGUGCGUGUAUAUGACAUGAGAAAAUGCCAUUGGGAUGCCUCCAGUAAUUUGGAUAGACCAGUGAACACAUUUUGUCCUCAUCAUCUCAAAGAGAGUGGCAAUGUUCAUAUCACAGGGCUAGCUUACUCAAAUGCAGGCGAGCUGCUUGUCUCGUAUAAUGAUGAGCUCAUAUACUUGUUUCAAAAAUGCAUGGGAAUGGGAACAAAUCCAAGGUUAGUAUCUUCUGAAGAGCUUCAGAAAUUGGAAGAGCCACAAGUUUUUUCUGGACACAGAAAUUCACAAACAGUUAAAGGCGUCAACUUUUUCGGCCCCAACGAUGAAUUUGUUGUUAGUGGUUCAGAUUGUGGCCAUAUCUUCAUUUGGGAAAAAAAGGACUCAAAACUUGUACGUUUGAUGGUCGGAGAUAGACAUGUAGUUAAUCAGCUUGAGCAGCAUCCAUCCAUGCCUGUCCUUGCCACUUGUGGUAUCGAAAAAAGUGCAAAAAUCUGGUCUCCGGUUUCUAAGAUAGUUCAGCCCCUGCCCACUGAUGUAAACGAGAUUAUGGAGUCUAACCGACAAGGGAGAGAGGAUCAUUCGCGGGUGACUCUCACCCCUGAUGUUAUAAUGCAUGUAUUACGACUGCAGAGACGACAAACACUGGCUUUUGUUGAAAGGCGGCCCAGGAGAGGUAACGGUGAGAGUGAGGAUGACGAUAGUGAAGGAGAAGCUUAUAUAUUAAGGUUUUCUGAUAGGGAUGCUGCCACAGAUGGUGAUCCUAGAGAAUGCAACAUUAGCUAGUUUUCCAUCUGAUAGAGAAGAUGUCACUUUCUUCCGUUGGUGUUAUUUUUUCUCCAUUUCUAUUUCUCUAUGCUGGUCACUACUUGCCUGUAAAUUGUAAUGUGUAAUGCGCUUGUAAUAUAUUAUGAGGGUUGUUUGCUAUCCAAAAAAUAAAAAAGGUGAUAUCAGUAUCUUGCGGAAACAGAUUGUAUUAUACUGCUGAUUUUUAUUAGUGUCUUCCAGCAUCCCAAAUCCAUUUGAAUAUGCAAUGAGUAAUGCAGAAUAAUGCUACGAUUCUCCGUACACAGAGUACAUUGGAGGAAGGUAUGGUAAUGCUUGUCAUUCUUGUAUUAGGUGUUUCUCAUUUUUGGAAAUAUUACUCAUCCCAAUAUAAUUCGUCUUUUUGAAGCCAUUGAGGUUGAGAUUAUUUAAUUAUUAUUAUUGUAAUUUUUACAGAUUAAUGUUUUUUUUUUUUUUUUUAAAUUAAAAUUUUUAUUUUUAAUGGGUUUUAUAGAUAGAGGAAAGAAAAUUCUUGUUAUUGGAGUAUUUUGAUGGUGCUGAGACUGCUGACCUUGGAGCUUACAUUCAUAGGCAUGGUAGAGUUACAAAACUGCUGCUAGGCACUUCAUCAAACAGCAUGCAGUAAGAAGAAUGAGGAGCAGCCUGGACGUUAAUGCUCUAACAUGUCUCUCCAAAGAUGAUUUUUGGGUUCUCACUGCCAUUGAGAUGGCCAUGCGCAAUCAUGAAACCAUCCCUUCUAAGCUCACUCAGAUUAUGGAGUCUAACCGACAACGGAGAGAGGAUCAUUCGCGGGUGACUCGCACCCCUGAGGUUAUAAUGCAUGUAUUACGACUGCAAAGACGACAAACACUGGCUUUUGUCGAAAGGCCGCCCAGGAGAGGUAACAGUGAGAGUGAGGAUGACGAUAGUAAAGGAGAGGCUUAUAUUAAGGUUUUCUGAUGGGGAUGCUGCCACAGAUGGUGAUCCUAGAAAAUGCAACAUUAGCUAGUUUUGCACUUGAUAGAGAAGAUUUCACUUUCUUCCGUCUUCCUGUAUCUUGGUGUUAUUUUCUCUCCUUUUCUCUUUCUCAAUGCUGGUCACUGCUUGCCUGUAAUCUGUAAAAAUUGAAAAAAAAAAAACAUAAAAUUUAGAAAAUCAUGUGGCUCCUUUUAUUCUAUUGAAUAAUACUAUUUUAUUAGAAUCAAACACAUUAUUAUCAUUUAGCUGUUUAUAAUUAA